AAAAGGAAAAAAAAGAGAAGGCAGGCAUUGAUUGAUUGGGCAUAUUUUCUGGCAUGGCUUUCACAACAUAGCUUGGUGACAUUUGUUCAAUUAUGUAUGUAUCAUAACAAUGUCAUGCUACGUCAUUUUAUAUUGGGUGUAUGAUGGUGAUGGAUGGAAUCGUCAUGGUCAGAAUAGAUAUUUGAAUUGUCAAUUUUGGACAGUUGGUGACUUUUCUAUGCUAGUUCAGAAAGCGUUUGUGUGCCUCUAUCAGGCACAGCAAACUGCUAUAGUUUAAUGGCUUCAACCAACAAACUUUGUAUCCCAAACAACCAGCAUGUCAGCUAGCGUUUCAGUGUUUUAUAGGCCACUCUAAUCAAACUAGCGUAGCAUUACGACAGUAAUGUAUCAGUUUACAUCUCUUAAACUCCUUCCCGGUUCUCAAAUUAUGUACGGCAGCUCGGGAAUUGUUCAUGAUCGCGAAAGAGUGACUCACCGUUUUUGUUUGUUAUUUCUGAUGGUGGCUAGAGCCGUUUCGGAAAGCCAAGUUUGAGCUCAUUGUGUUUCCCCCUUGCAAGUAAAGGAAUUUUUUGGCUCUAGUUUUCUUUCCCGAAAAAUUUAUUUUAAAAUUUGAAUUAUUGGUCGAUUGUAUGUUUGGAAACCUUUGCCUCCGGUGAAGACAGAUUGGGCACAAAACCUUUUAUGUAACAGUUGAACAUUGCAUUUGAUUGGUUUGGAGCUCAGCGAGCAAGCGUCACGUUAUGAAGACCAUUUUUCCGUGUCAUAUUUGAAAAUAUUCCGGUCUUUAACCACUCACUAGGACUAGGGACAUAAUUGAAACAAAGAAUUAAUGGAAGUCAUAUUGCUUUAAAAAUGUAAAUUUGGAAACCUAAGCAUUUUUUAUUACUAUAAAAUGUAAGAUUACAUUUAUUGGAACAUUGGUCAUUAGUUCUUGCCCACAAACUGAUAACAUGUCACAAUAUGUCAGCGGGAGUUUGAUAGUUAGAUUAUAAGGCCUGUAGCACUGGCGACCAUUUAUCUGUGGAUGUCAUCUCUUAAACGAUUCAUUCUCAACGCACUGCAACCCCCCAACAGCAUGUUUACUUUAGCCACAAGGAAUCAUGGGAGUUGUUGCCAAUUUGGAUGGAAGCAAAUAUAACUCCUGACUCAGUUAUUUGGGGUUGGAGGGGGGGGGGGGUGUACUACCAUCCAAGUUAUCCCAUCCGCUCCCCUGCUCGGCCUUCACCAUCUGUGCUUCUGAUCAGUCAUUCCGUGCUUUUUGUCAUUCCUGCUUAUAUACACGUCGUAAUAGGAAUUAUGUAAUCCCGCAGGUGGAAGCUUGCUGCUCAGUUUGUGCAUUUCCAUUUUUUUUUUUUUUUUUAAAUAUUAUUUUGCUAUGAUUUUUUAAAAGGAAUAAUGAUAGCAUAUGCAUAUUGACACGUGUCAAACUAAACAAGGAAACACAAAGUACAUGACAAUGUCAAAUGUUAGGACCUGAUAUCUCCUGUCACAGCACUUAAAACUGUACGUGAUGAUUCUGCAGAUUCAAUAAAAGUCAUUUUUCUCAAACUGUGUGAUUCCCUUUUCACCUUGUCCAGUUUCUUUUGGGGGAUCCAAUAAGGGCCUCCAGGCCAUUAAAGGGCCCCUGUUGUAAUGUACAGUGCCCACAUUCGAGUGUUAUUUGUUGUAGGAAGCCAGUAACACGACCAGAUAACAGCCUUCACUUGUGGAGUUCCUGUUAUUCGCUUGGUGGGAGUUUCCUUGGGAAGGAUGUGUGGUGCACUCACCAAGAAUGCUCGGGCCUCCGAAAGAGAAGACUACACGUCCCGACAUGCCACCUUCUCCCAAAGGACCACCUCGCGCUACUAUAAGUAGGUGGGGUUCUACAAAUCCAUCCAAUAGCUUGUGGGUUGCUGUCGUCAAUGGCAACAGAGGUUUUUAGGGAAGCAUGAGCGGGACAGCCGGAGGGGAAGCCAAUGACGAGGCGGCCGCCCUUCCCGCUGCUUCCCUCUGAUUGGACGUCUCUGCUGCGGGAAAGGGGGAGGGUGGCAAAAGCAAAGGGAAGGGGCACACAGAAAUGUGUGUGUGUAUGACGGAAGAGAGCGGGAGUAUCUUUUUUAGCCAGCAAGGAUUCCCAUCUGGAGACGGGAUCAACCGUUGAUGAAGCGUGGAUCCCGAGAAGAGAGUUGUUGGGAAUACCGCACUGGAAAGAAGGAAAAGAGCCGCCAUGGCAGGAAACAGGAGGCUGGAGGAGGCGCGCUGAAAUCAUGGAGCAGGCGAAAGGGCGGAGGGAUGGUCUCUCGUCGCCCGCCGCCGACAACAACCCCCGGCCGCCGAUGGCAUCUCGGACGGGCAAGGAGGGCGUCAGCAUGGUGUGGAAGGGCCCCCGCACACUGGUCCUUCGCAAAAACUCACAGGGCUUCGGCUUCACCCUGCGGCACUUCAUCGUUUACCCGCCUGAGUCCAGCCUGCACACAGAUCUCAAGGAUGAAGAGAACGGCAACGGAAAGGGUUUCCAGAAAGGCCGACUGGAGCCGAUGGACACCAUCUUUGUGAAGAAUGUGCGGGAAAAAGGUCCUGCUCACGAGGCGGGCCUGUGCACCGGUGAUCGUCUGGUGAAGGUAAACGGUGAGAGCGUACUGGGAAAGACGUACUCGCAGGUGAUCGCUCUCAUCCAGAACAGUGAGAGUGUAUUGGAACUCGCCAUCAUGCCAAAGGAUGAAGAUGUGCUUCAGUUGGCGUACUCCCAAGAUGCCUACCUGACCGGAAACGAACCCUUUUCAGGGGGAGCUGAGAACCUCCCGCCGCCGCCACCUAUCUGCUACCCCCGUGCCAAGACCAUGUCGCCUGCGGGCGUGCCCCCACCUGCCCCUAUGGGCCAGAACCAGCUGGAUAACUGGAGUCGCUGGCCCGGGUCCCCUAGUCCCUCCUCACCCCUAGACAACCGCUCCACUCUGUGCAGCCCUGCCAGUUGGCAGGACGGGCGCUCUGUGGAGCUGGGUGGCGUGGGUCACACCAGUCCUGCCCACCGCACAGAAGAGAUCCAAUAUGGCAUGACCGGGCAGCAGCCUCAGGGACAAACCAGGGGUCGGUCCUAUUCAUCAUCAUCAUCGUCAGGAGGACCAUUAUCUAGCCCGAUGCAGGUCCACUACCCUAAUCACCACCAUGGCGCCACCUCAACACAGGCCCAGCCGCGCAAGUCGGGCAGCUCGGCUUGGACCAGCCCGCCGCUUCCCCAUAUCAAUCACGGGCGAAACGAGCGCUGCCAUCAAGCUCUCUCAGAGUGGUAUCACAGCCAGGUGCCGGAACGCUCUGGACGCAAUAUGCAUACACGGCAACGUAGCUACUCCCAGGACCGCCUCAGCGAGUCCAGGAGGCACCCUCAGCCACAGCGGUCGGGCGGUUGGCCCCACAGUGCCUCGCAGGACACUCUGCUGGUAUUGCAGCAGUCAGGACCGGGGCCACAUGGAGAACCUUAUUGGUGUGGGGAGUGGGGUCCAGAUAGGGUCAAUUCUUCCACCAAUUACACUAGGACUCGCUCAGAAAACCAUCUGGUGCAGUUCGAUCACCACGGACAUUCGUUGGAGAUGUUGGACCGGCCAGCAGCUGGACUGAUUUCACCUCGUUGCGAGAGGUGGCACCAGCCCCCGAAGCCACCUCCCAGAACUGAUGUCCACCAGAGGCAUGGUGGUCCAUACCCUGCAACGCAAGCUCCUCAUUUGCCUCGUCACUCACAGCCGCACUCUAAGCACCCCACGCAGACCCAUUCUCCACCCCAACCUCAGCAGCCGCCCUCCAAAAACCGGCGGCUUCCUCCUGGCCAGAGCAUGGAUGAUCAGCCAGUGGGCUACCGCAGUUACAGCCCCUCCUUCUAUCGUAAGACAGGCCGCAUGAUGCAGCAGGCCCACUCUUUCAGGGACCCCUCAUACUCUGGCCCCCAUCUGAACUGGAACACCAGCCCUCCAGAAGUUGCGCCGACUGUCUCAGCUGUUACCCCGCUGGCUUCCACCUCGCCCGAAUCCCAGGACAGAGCGUACAGACCAACCAACCACGAGCGAGGGUCAGUGGAGGUUCCGCCGCACACCCAAGAGGUGGUGAUGCGGCAGAAGCCUCCUAGCGGACGGAGAAACGCACACGGCAUGCGCCACCCCCACUAUGCGCUUCCUAUGGAUGGCCUGGAGCCCUCCUUGUUCUCACCAGAACCCCCAGACUCGGCAGCCACCUCAAGCUCCUCAGGGGACACUGUGCCAAUUAAGGCAAAUGGCAACCUUGUCCCCCUCUCCCUGGAGGAUGAUUCGCUGGCAUCUAUCCCUUUCAUUGAUGAGCCUACCAGCCCUGGCGCUGACUUGCGCGCUCGCCACGUGCCAGCGUCCUCGGUGGUCUCCAGUGGCAUGAGUUCGGCGCCUGCCACAGUCGCCAGCCCCGCUUCCCCUACCUUCACCUUCCCCGCCUCUAGGCUCUUCUCACAUGACUGCAGCGCUAUUAAAUCAGGUCGCCGUUCCUCAUAUCUUCUAGCCAUCACUUCCGAGCGCUCCAAGUCUUGCGACGAGGGACUCAAUGCCUUCCGAGACGAAGGACGGGUCUUUUCGAGGCUACCAAAGAGAGUCAAGAGCUUCUUUACUGAUGGGUCUCUGGAAAACCUAGGCACAGCAGAGGAGGUACGCUCCAAGCGUCACUCCACCUCAGAGUUGGGCAAUAUCACGUACAGCGAUGUGAGGCGAGAAGGCUGGUUGCACUUCAAGCAGAUCCUCACUGAGAAGGGCAAGAAGGUGGGCAGUGGGAUGCGUCCAUGGAAGCGUGUCUUCUCAGUACUGCGCUCGCACUCGCUCUUCCUAUAUAAAGACAAGCGAGAGGCAGUGCUGCGUGGCGCCACGCUGGGCGGCGGCGCCGAGGACGAGCAGCCCAUCAGCAUCCGCGGUUGUCUGGUGGAUAUCGCCUACAGCGAGACCAAGCGAAAGCACGCCCUCAGGCUCACCACGCAGGACUUCUGCGAGUACCUGUUGCAGGCUGAGGAUCGAGAUCACAUGUUGGACUGGAUUCAGGUCAUCAGAGAGAACAGCAAGACUGACAGCGAGGAGCUGGGCUUUUCCAGGCAGGCGCUGAUCAAUAAGAAGCUGAAUGACUACAGGAAGCAGAGCCCAACGGGAAAUAAGCCCGACUCUUCUCCCAGGCUGUCCCGCAUGAAGCCACCUUUCCUGCUCGCCAAAACUGAAAAUGCACUGGGAGCACCACGCUCGCCCAAACCAGAUGUCAAAGAUGAAAGCAGUCCACCCAAGUCUCCGUGGGGAAUCAACAUCAUGAAGAAGACCAAGAAAGCGGGACCUAAAGCCUUCGGUGUGAGGCUGGAGGACUGCCAGCCGGGUGUCAACAACAAGUUCAUCCCACUGAUUGUGGAGAUCUGCUGCGGCCUGGUGGAGGAGAUGGGUUUGGAGUACACGGGGAUUUACCGCGUGCCUGGCAACAAUGCCAUGGUGUCUCUGCUUCAGGAGCAACUCAACAAGGGUGUCGACAUCAACCCGACAGAAGAGAAGUGGCAGGACCUCAACGUCGUCAGUAGUUUACUGAAAUCUUUCUUCCGGAAGCUUCCAGAGCCUCUCUUCACCAAUGACAAGUACAACGAUUUCAUCGACGCCAACCGAAUGGACGACGCAUCGGACAGACUGAAGACCAUGAAGAAACUGAUCCGAGACCUUCCUGAUUAUUACUACCACACGCUCAAGUUUUUGGUGUGCCACUUGAAGACUGUGGCAGAUCACUCUGAUAAAAACAAGAUGGAACCCCGUAACCUUGCUCUGGUGUUUGGACCGACGCUGGUGCGCACCUCUGAAGACAACAUGAAAGACAUGGUCACGCACAUGCCAGACCGCUACAAAAUAGUAGAGACACUCAUACAACAUUACCUCUGGUUUUUCAGUGACGAGCCAGAUAAGGAUGAAAAGACGCCAGUAGACACUGAGGAUGUGCAGCCAGCCCCCAAUAUCGACCACUUAUUAUCCAACAUCGGGCGAACUGCUCUGCUCGGCGACGCCUCAGACUCCACCAACAGUGAUUCCGCCAAAUCCAAGGGCUCCUGGGGGUCGAAGAAGGACCUCACCGCCAAGGACUUCCUGACUCUGUCCAUCAUGUCUGCGGUGACGGGUCGCAAGCGGCGCAAGCGUCAUAACGCUCGGCGGGUGGGCAGUAGCACAGACGACGACUCUGAGCACGAGCCCGUCAAGGCGGAGGAGGAAGAAGUGGGAGAGGGCGCUCCACACGCGGAGGGAGAAGAGGAUGACGACGACGAAGAAGAGGAGGACGCGGGGGAGAAAGAAGAGGUGAAAGAAGAGCAGGCGGUGGUACAGCGUGGGAAAGAGGAAGAGGAGGCUGGAGUAAGGGCAGACGCCCGUUCCAUCGUAUCGGGCUACUCCACGCUGUCCACGUUGGGCCGCAGCUUGGGGGCUGAGGACGCCGACGACGAGCACAGCGAGCUGGUGAGCGAAACGGACAACGAGAGCGGCUUCGCCUCACGGGAGCGUCCCGUGAAGCCUCCGACGCCUCCCCGCAAACCCUCGAAGGUCACGGUGGUCGCGCCGGAGAGGGUGGACGACAGCGGUGGUGGCGGAGGGGCGCGUUCCACCACACCGUCGUCCACGUCUUCUUCACACAGGGUGCACUCGCGGCCUUCCUUCAACUCGCACAAGCUCAUCCAGUGCGACACCCUCGCGCGAAAGAAGCUCAAAAGCGAUAAGAUGAAAGCCCACCCGCUUGACCUGCUGGAGAUCCCCGCCCCGAGCGCCUCACCAGAGGGCGACAACGCUCCCAGGACGAGGACUAAGACAUCAUUGGGAAGCAGCCAGGAGAAUCUUCGCCAAUCCCGCGUCAGGACGGCAGCCCCGCCGCCGCCAUCCGGCGAGGCGGCUUCAUUCGCUCCGGUAGCUAAAUCUCUGGCGGAGCAGGUGCGCGCACGCCUGUUAGGCUCGGCCGACGACCUGCGCAGCGUGGGCAUGCGCAAGCCGUUGUCACCCGAGAGCCGUCGGAAAAAGCGCGCCUGGCGCCGACACACUGUGGUGGCAUCGCCCACCGAGGUGACUAGCGAUAAGCGGCCGCCGCUCGCCACGACUGAGUUACAGCUCUGUGCCCUCACCCCCAAAACGGCGCCACCUCGGGACGACGACGGCGUGGAACGAGUGUCUUCCGGCCGUCAGCUGCCCACAUCCAGGUUCCAUCAGUACCUUUAAGCGGCAGAUCACGUCAUCCGGAAGCAACCGAGGAGAAUCUUCGUCUAGUCGGUGUCCCCGAAGAGAAAUACGUCGUCAAGGUUGCAAAUGGAAGAAUCCAGGCUGGUCGCCCACUAUGCCCCCAUUAUUUUAUAAUCUAAGACCAUUGCCAAAGCUUUCUUGUUUGUGUGACUUCUUCAUUUGUGUGCUUUCAUAGGGUGGAGAUACGCCCGGACCUCAAUGUCACUACCACAACUUUGCAAAAGUUUUGGGUCGCCGCUAGAUCUGUUUUAAUGCCAUACAGGAAUUUUAAUCCUUUGUGGAGAAAUCACAUCAAUGGAGACCAAUGACCAGCAGAGGCAAGAAAGUUCCUUUUUUAAAAUGUUGUAAACAUUUUAUUUUAUCCAUGUCACAGUACAACCAAAAUAACACGGCACCAGCAUGCAUAAAAUUCGAAAAAGGUUUGCAAAGUACAUUUGCCUUUAAGGUCACCGUUUGAUUCAUAUUGAAUUCAGUAAGGGAAAAAAACGCACACAAAAACAUUGUUUUCUUUUAAGAAAAUACAAUUAAUUGAACUAUUUUAGCAGCCAUUUACGGCAAGAGUCCAAGAGGGAAGACAGGAACGAUUAAGGUAUGACAGAGCAAGAUGUCAAUGACGUAACAACAACAACGACAAAAAAAGUUCCCUGCCACUUUAUGGCACUUUCAUGUGGAUCAAGUUAUUGUAAGACACUGUAACAUUAUACAUACAUUAACUGAGCUGUUGAUAGGUUUAGACACUAAUAGUAAAACAAUGCGUGCCACUUUGCUGGCGUCCUAAGACUUUUGCAAAGUUCCUGGUCUCUUUGCUGCAUGAAUUUUCCUUGGGAAACGGUGCUUUUUAUUUUAGGGGGAGAGAAGAAGAGGAGAAAAAAACUGAAUAUUUUUAACUCAUUGGCUGCCAUUGACGGUGAUACACAUCCAAUCCUGUUCAAAUGUAUUGGAUGUCAACUAGUGACAAACAAAUUUAAAUUUACAACAGAAGGAUAAGAGCCACAUGAAUGGAUGUCUACCACCGUCAAAGACACUGAAAUAUUUACGAGGCCACAAUUUGCUACUUUUUCACCAGUUUUUUUUUUUUUUGUCUUGUAACAUUUGUAUAAAGCCUUAUUAUUAAAUUGUACAUAUAAAUGUUUUGUUUUUAACCUUAAUAAUAAUAAUAUUCCUUUUUUUAAUGGUUUACAAACAUUUCCUUUUCCGGACAUGACUUGAAAUGUUCCCUUAAUAUAUUGUUUGUUUAUAUAAACAGUAUUAUAUAUAUAUUUUGUAUUGUGACGUCACAGUUUACGAAGGCCUUUUUGUGUCAGGAUAGUCAAUUGUGAUAGCUCUAUAGCUUCGCUACGUCAACACUUCUCUCGUCACUUCCUGGUCACGUGACUUCAAACCUCACAACCUCUGUAUUUUCAAACAAGUGCCUCCUUUAUGGAAUGUUCCACUGUGCCGUGCUGGCUUAUCUCCUGCUUCCUAUGCUCACCUCCAAAGAUGUGUACAAUGAAUUGAUAAGGGGGAACAAAAGACAAAGAAAAGCACACUAUGCACUCUCCUACGUGGUGUAAACUAAAAAGGUGUCGCUCAUGUGUUGUCGUUGUACAUACUAAAUAUGUGACAUAUUGUCCCUUUUGUGUGUACAUUUUUGGAAUGGCUUAUGAGUAUAACUCUGCUUAGCUUAUUAUAUAUAUAUAUAUAUAUGAUGUAAAUAAACUGAAGUAUGUUUAAAACAAGAGUUUUUAUUUCUUGAAUCGCUCAGU